AUGGACACGUCCUACCUGCAAUGUGUUACAGGUGAAGUCAGACUGCUCGUCCCCCCAGACGCUCUCCGCGGCAACAACCAGCACCAUGACCCGGAAAAUAAAAAGCACAGAGAGCCAGAUUUUACCCAGGCUGGUGGCAUGACGGUUCGCCCCGACCAACUGAGUACCUGCCCCCUUCUGCUGCGAGUCUUCACCACCAACAGUGGGAGACACCACAGAGUCGAUGAAUUUGCUCGAGGAAAUGUUCCUUCCAGCGAACUGCAGAUAUACACUUGGAUGGAUGCUACACUAAAAGAGUUGACCAGCUUGGUGAAGGAGGUAUAUCCAGAGGCCAGGAAAAAGGGCACCUACUUUAGCUUUGCCAUUGUCUACCCUGAUCCCAGAGGGAAGAUGUACAAGUUGAAAGAGAUUGGCAGUACUGUGUCUGGCAGAAAAGGUGCAGAUGACUCAAUGACACUGCAGUCUCAGCGCUUCCAGAUUGGAGACUAUCUGGAUAUAGCCAUCACACCACCCAACAGAGCACCGCCCCUUGGCACACGCAUGAGGCCAUUCUGAAAAUACACAUGCACAAACCUACACCUUCUGUAUUUUGUCUUAUUUUCAUCAUCUUGGGAUGAUUUUGACUCAGUUUUUUUAAGAAUGUGAUCUGUAAUAAAAUUGUCCCUUUUUUUCCAAA